UAUUGUAUUGUUGUGUGCCGCUGGCAGUGCUCAGAGCUGGCACUCCGGGAAACAUUCAGGGGCUCGGCGCAGUAGAAGGGAGAGCUGGCAGCUGGACACCACCAACUUAAAUGUCUGGAGGGGAGCAGAAUGGGGGUGACAAACCAGAAGACCCUGCGCUCCGUACCGAGGUGUGGCCGGAGGUGGCCCGAGCAGAGCUCCUGGCGAGAGGAGCGGCCCUGAAGUGGGCGUCGGGGGUCUUCUCUCGGCCGGAGCACCUGGAGAGACUGGGCCAGUAUAGGAAGAGAGAGAGCCAGAGGACCUCCUCCAUACACACCAGACUCAAGUCGGUGGUGCAGUCCUACCUGGAGGGGGUGGGCUGGGCCCGGGUGGAGCUGGGCGACGCGUCCCGCGCCCUGCAGAAGGCCGUCUCCGAGUCGGACCACAACGCCGAGGUGGUCUGCUCCAUGGAGACCCUGAGAGAGCUGUCCUGCAGCCACUGCCAGCUCCUGGCCACCGUCAGCAACCUGCCGCGCCUCUACUCUGUGCGCAGCAUGGUGGCGGAGACGGAGCGUCUGGUGGAGUCGCGGCGGCUGCUGGAGGCCCACGCCCGGCUGAUGGAGCUGGAGUGCUGGCAGGACGACAUCCUGUGGCAGCUGAGCGGCGCGGCCCUGAGCCGGGAGGACCACGCGCUGGUGCUGCACUACUUCUCCGGGGUGGGCCGGCUGGUGGAGGCCCUGGGUCAGGAGAUCUGGGCUGUCGUGAGCAGCAGCCUGGCCCUGGCCCGCCAGAACCCCACGCCCUUUGUAUCCGCAGUGCGCAUCGUGGAGCGGGAGGAGGCUGUGGACCGCGCUCUGCUGGAGGAGAGAGGAAGAGGAGGAGGAGGAGGAGGAGGAGGAGGAGGAGGAGGAGGAGCUGGGGUCAGACCCCUUCCCCCUGGCAGACCUCGCUGCUGGAGGGAGCGGUUCUUCCAGGUCCUGGAGGAGGCGGUGUCCUCGCGGUUCCGCAGCGUGUCCUACAUGCACACCCGCGGGCCGGGCCUGGCGGGCCACCUCUCUGCGCUGCAGCACGCCAUCACGGCCGACCUGGCCACGGUGCGCCACCUGCUGGAGCAGUGCGUGCCGAAACACUACGGCCUGACCGGGGCCUACCUGAGGGCCAGCCACCAGUGCCUGCAGACCCACCUGGCGCUGGUCAGCAGCUGGGAGCUGGAAAGUGGGGAAAUCUUUGCUGUGCUCAACUGGGUGAUACACAUCUACAACAGCCCAGACAUGAUGGGAGAGCCGGAGCUGGUGGCUGAGAUGAAGAGCCAGGAGCUGGGGCCCCUCAUCUCCCCGGAGAGUCUGGAGAAGCUGCAGAAGAAAUACGUUCAGAGUGUCCGGAAGCGUGUGUCAGAAUGGAUGCAUAAAGCCCUGGAGGUGGAGUUGACAGACUGGCAGAGGGACCAGGAACCUGACACGGACCAUGAAGGCUUCUACCACACCUGCCUGCCCACCAUCAUCACACAGAUGUUGGAGGACAACGUGCGUGUUGCCCUGAUGAUAGGAGAAUCCUUGCGAGACCAGACGAUACAGAUGGGACUCUACGAGAUGGAGAACCUGCUAAACAAGUUUCGCGAGGCGCUGGUUGAGUUUGGUAAAGAGCAUCGCAAGGAUCAGAACAACAGCCAGAACAAGCUGUACCUCCAUUACCUCCUGGCCUCUAUCAGUAACUGCAUCGUUCUCAAGGCGUCCACAGAGGGCCUGCAGCGGCAGCAGUCGUCCCCCACCGCCUGCCUGUACUCCCGCACCCCGCCCAACCCCAUGGCGGCCCUGGACCGCGCCGUGAGGCGGGCCUGUCGCCUGGCCAUGGACCAGCUGCUGCUGGAGCUGCAGCCCGUCCUGCAGGGCCUGCUGAGCCGCCCCUGGCUGGCCCAGGGGAACCCUUCCACCCCCAUGGUGUGCCGGGUCCUGGAGAGGCACCUGGAGCUGUACGUCCGCGUGCGCCCGCCCUGCCAGCAGCGGCUGCAGGAGGAGGCUCAGUGGAUGCUGGUGGUGGAGUAUGUGCGGGCCCUCAUGCACAAGAGGACGGUGUGCCGCAGCGCUGGGGAGAGGCUGCAGCUGGCCCAGCGCAUCGCCCAGGACGACCUGCAGCUCAGAGAACUCUUCACCGGCCUGGAAGGUGAGGGGUCGGGGCCGGAGGUGAACCCGCUGGCCCUGCUGCCGGUCCUGGCCGACUUCAUCCGGCUGAAGGACCCCUGCAUGCUGAGUCUGGAGGUGUCCGGGGUCGUGAUCAAGUACCCGGACAUCAGUGAGGAGCAUGUGUGUGUGCUGCUGGACAUCCGAGGGGAUGUUUCCCGGGACGUGAGGGGCGCGGUGCUUGAUGUGCUGGAGCAGAGUGCCCCGCCCCUUCCUGCCGGCUACCGGCCCAUCUUCACAGACAUCCUGGUGCCUACCUCCCCAAUGCCCUUCUGUCUGCCAACCGCCAAGUGUGCUUGAGCUCUGGACUGCUAGACUACAACAGG